AUGUCCGGGGCCCUCGCGAUGCAAAGCAUGCUCAGCUUGGUGGGGAAGCAGAGUUCCACGCAGCUGUUCUUCAGAGGCAACUUCCGGGAAGCCCUGGCCACUGUGGGGGUUUUGCUGGCAAUUGGCAUGUCCUCCUUGAGUGCGUGGCCUUCUUUGUCCGAAGUGUCUGCCCUGGGACGUGGGGAUGCAUUGCAGUGCCUGCCUUUUCGCAGCCUUGAAAUGACCACGAACUGCCCGCAGGAGGAUGACUGGGUAGCGCACCUUCUGGCACAUGACACCCGCCCCGUGGAUGCAAACACCGUCUUUCUGGAUGUGGGCUGCAACACCGGCGCGGACGCAGUGAAGUACCUAGACCUUUGGGGUCGCAGCCCCGGCAUCUUUCAGGCGUGGCAUGAAGGUCUCAAGGGGGAGGGAGCCAUCCGGGCAGGAAGCUGCCAGAAUAACCAGAGCACGUGGCCACAACGCGCUGCCAGCUCUUCCAUGAAUCCGACUGUCAUUUGCGUCGAGCCCAUGUCGGCCAACGUAGAGGUCAUGCGCGCCUUGCACCGCAGAGUCCUGAACAGCAGCAGCGCGUUCGAAAUCAUCCAUGCUGCUGUGUCGGACCAUGUUGGCGUGGCUGACUUCCCAUCCGGUCAAGUGGGCACCGAGGACUUCGGGCUGGAUGUUGCCUCCCCGGUGGAUCCGGCCGGGAAUGCUCGCGAAAUCGAGACCGUGGAGAUCAAUGUGACGUCUGUCGACACGCUGAUGGCUUCUCGCGGCCUCUCGCGCGUGGAUGUGCUGUCUGUGGACACCGAGGGCCACGAUCCCCUUGUGCUGGUCGGCGCCUCCAAGGCGUUGAAGACCGUGCGCCUGCUGUUCUUCGAGGUGCAUCAGGACCUGACCGGUUCACCCUGGAGCCGAACGUCCCUCCUCUCAGUCGCCGAAACCUUGGACGACUUUGACCUGGACUGUUUCUGGGCUGGGAACAACGGGAAGCUCCAGAAGAUUACGGGCUGCUGGACCAUGCAGGAUGAGAGCACCCACAGCCCGAUCCCAUGGGCGAACAUCCUUUGUGUCAGGAGAGGUGAUGAGUGGCAUGGGGCUUUGCAGAAGUACGUCGGAGCCAUCGCCUAG